ACGGCCGCGAAGGCGAACCGCGAACACCACUCGCGCGCGGCUUACCGCUGUGUGCGCGUUCACAAAAUCACAACACAGUACACACCACCGUCGGGAAAAAAAAAAAAAACCUUAUACCUGCCUGCCUAUCUACCUACACCGCGGUCCGCGGCUGCCACACUACGAUCCACGGGAAUAUAGGUAGCCAGGUACGCGACGGUGAAAAGGAACGCAGCGGUUGCAGACACGCGACCCGCCGGACCGACCACGGCGACUAUUGCCGUGUACCGCACCGAUUAGUUACCGGCGCGACGUCGGCAGCUGUUGAACGUGUUGGACGUACGUGUUGAGCGCGUGUGUGCCCGCAAUAAUAUUGUUGUGACGUCGUGUGACCGGCAACGACCGAUCGGCCCGCUGGACUAGGUAUUUGGUAAGCCGGCCGAGUGUCGACCAGUCACGCAAUAAUAGACAUACAUAGUAUAGUUACUGGUUAGUUGCCCGCCGGCGUUCCGACCGCGGAGAUAACCAUCGUCAGCCGAGCGUCACGUCACGGCGAGAUGACAUUGCAGGCCAUCAGGUACGAGAACGGCACGUUAGAAGUGUUGGACCAACUGCUGUUGCCCAAAGAAUCAAAGUACAUACCCAUUUUAGGCGUCGAAGACGGAUGGAAGGUCAUCAACAAGAUGCAAGUACGUCGCUCUGGUUUGGUACCUCGUACACGUCCCCCCCUGCUGUGGUCCGACACACCGUGUAAGUUUCCCUGACCAUUUUUUUUUUCAAUGUGUCAUCCUAGGUCCGUACGCACUCCGCUGCUGCGUGUCAGGCUAGUUUUUUUCGACAACACCAUUCACCCUGUACCAACCUGUCCAUCCGAUAGUCUAAUCGUUAUCAUCACAACUUUUGAAUUUAUUUUGCACAUAGAAAUUUCCUUGAAAAUGUAAUGUACCCAUAUACACUAAUCAAGCUUAAAAGGAACACUUAUUUGAUUAUCACCAUACAAUUGUUGAGCAAACCAUAUGUUCACAUGCUCAUUAAAUUAUUAUAUCCCACAGUGCUAACAAAAAAUAUUUAUACACCCAGGUAUUAAAUAAUCUACACAUUAUUAAUAUUAUAGGUUUAUGUUCCAAGUUGUUUGAUUUUAAUUAAAAAAUGAACAAACUAUUUGACUAGCUUAUCUAUGCAUCAAAUUGCUCUUUCUAAAUUAAUGUUUUCAGAUAUUAGUCACCACGUUAUUUACAUAUUAUUAUGUGUUAUACAUUUAAAUACUUGCAAAGUACCCACAAUAGUUUGUAAAAAAAUACUAAAUAAUUAACUUAAUUUAUCAUAUUUAGAUAGGUGCUUAAAAAUAAAAUAUAGAUUUAUAAUACUUUCCUUUUCAAAUAAUAAGUACCUAUUUAAAUUUAAAAAUAUAAAUAAUAUGUAUACCGAAUUUGUAGUAUAUGUAGGGUAGUUAGAUUAACAGAAAACAUAUUUUUUUAUCUUUUUAACAUCAUCAGUCAUGUUGAGGCACCAAUUUUUUUUUUUUUACUAAUUAUCAAACUUUAUAUUUAUUUUGGAAAUAUUAUAUUCUUGGUUUUUUUUUUCUGCAGCAAGAUUACAAGAAUAUACCUACCUAUAUUAUAAAUAAAUAAUUGAAUAAUCAAACACGCAUAGGUAUAAAUGUUUUAUCAUAAUUGCUACUUAAUGACCUAUAGCUUUAUUUAUACUUUAAGCCUUCCCUGUCUUAAAAAUAAAUGCCAUAUGUACAUUGUAGUACGAUUAUUAACAUGUGGUUAAUUCAUAUUAGAUAAAAGCAAAUUUAUGAUUUUGUAAUACAAAUUGAAAAAAAAAAUAAGCAUAUCCAAAUAAUAUAAUUCUGAAUAUAAUCAUAUGAACAAUGGUCAUAAAUUUAAUAGUGCUUAUCGUACAUCUUAUCAUUUUAUAAAUAGAAUUAAUUUAAUGUAUUACAUUUAAUGAACAUAAUAAUGCAUAUCAUAAUGUAGCAAACAUAAAAUAUAUAGUAAAAUAUGUAUAUUGUUUUAUUAUAUAUCUAACUAAUUGUUAAAUAAUUAUUUAAAAUAUAGAUACUUAUUUCACUAAACACUAUAUAAAAUGAAUGCACUUAAACACUAAAUUACCUACCAAAAUGUAUGUUUCCUGUAGGUGGGUAUAUAAUAUAUUAUAAGAAAUAAAAUGCCCUCAGUUCAUGUGGUGGUAUUAAUAUUUAAAGACCAUAAGAAUUGUUGUAUUUUUAUUUUUUAUGAAUUUUGAUCCCCUCUUAAUUAUUCAGUCCUCAUUCUUCAAAACUUGAUCAAAUGAAUAAUUUAUUUCCCUUUCAUAUUAUCACAUAUUUUGUUAUUAUCCCUUCAUUAUAAUACACUUUUAAGUUAUUUCAUAUUUGGGAAUCAUAUUAAUUGUCAAACUGUAAUAGUUAUUGCAUGUAAUUAAUAAUGUUAUUUAUUACCAAUUAUCAUAGAUCAAAUGAUAUUAGGUAACAAUUAUAAUUGGGUGUACUAUAUUUAUAUUAUAAUAUAAUUAUCUAUAAUACAAUUUUCUUUAUCGCUUUAUUGUAUUUUAGGUAAGAGGCGCUCCAGCCAUUGCCAUAGUUGGGUGUUUAAGUUUAGCUGUAGAAAUAUCAAAAGAAGAAUUUGAAAAGAAAAAAGCCCUUCGGCGAGAAGUUGAAGGCAAACUGAAUUAUUUAAUAUCUGCUCGGCCGACUGCUGUAAAUAUGAAACAGGCUGCAGACCAUUUAAUAUCUUAUAUAAAUUCUUUGGAUAAUGAUGAAUCAAUUUCAGCACAAGAAAUGCAAGCAAGGUAUAUUUCUAAGAUGGAAAAUUUAAUUGUAGUAAAGUUAAAUAAAAAAAAUUAAUGAAUGUUUAAGGUUUGUCGCAGCUAUAGAAGCAAUGUUAGAAAAAGAUAUAUCAGAUAAUAGAUCAAUAGGAGAAUUUGGAGCUAAAGCAAUUUUAAACAGUGUUAUGGAUGGUGAACAAGUUCGUAUUUUAACACACUGCAACACUGGUUCAUUAGCUACUGCAUAUUUUGGUACAGCAUUGGGUGUUGUACGUUGUCUACAUUCUGCUUCAAGACUGGGUAAGAUGUUUGUUGCUGAAGUUUUAGAUUGCUUAAUACAGAUGUAUAUCAGUUAAAUUGUUGAUUGAUAAUUUUUCAGAAAAUUGUUAUUUUACGGAAACCAGGCCCUACAAUCAAGGUGCUAGGUUGACUGCCUACGAAUUAAUUCAUGAUAAAAUACCAUCAACCCUUGUUUGUGAUAGUACUGUUGCCUAUUUAAUGAAGACUGCUCAGAUUAGUGCUGUUGUUGUUGGUGCCGAUAGGGUCGCAUCAAAUGGAGAUACAGCUAAUAAAAUUGGAACUUAUCAAGUUAGUAUUUUGAAUAAUUUAAAUUUAUUUUUAGAAAAAGUGUCUUUAUAAUUUGUUUAACUAAAAUUGUUAAUAAUAAUAUAAAUUAACCGAUACAUAUUUUUAAAUAGAUUGCUGUUGUAGCCAAACAUCAUGAGGUUCCGUUUUAUGUAGCUGCUCCUUUAACUUCAAUUGAUUUUAGUGUAAACACUGGUGAUAAUAUUGUGAUCGAGGAGAGACCACAAAUCGAAAUGACACAUAUAAAUAAUUUGAGAAUAGCAUCUCCAGGUAACACAAAUUGUAAACAUAGUAUGUACCUAUAUAAAUAUUAUUUUAUUCAAUGGCACAAAGGGUAGUUCAUUAACAAUGCCGAAUUGAAUGUGUUCUUUCUUUGAAAUUUAAGAAUUUUCUAGUUGAUUUUGCUGAGUAUGCAACAGAAUUCCUACUUAAUUUCAUUGAUUUAAGUUGAGAUUUAAUUUAAUUUAAUCUCAGAGACAUGAAAGAAUUCAAAGUUGUAAAGAUUGGGUGAUCGAUUCUGGUCUUUAAUUACAAUCAUCCAAUGGAAUUAAAUUAUAAAAGAUUUUGGUUUAGUUAUUGUACUACAAUUUGUUGUACACAUGUCUAGUACACCAUAACCACAAAUUGUAAAAUAUGACAACAAAUCAAUAUAGAAUAUAUCUAAUCGGUAAAGUCAGCAGAUGAUAUUUAUAAUAAGAUCAGGGUCAUUAACUCAUUAGUAUAAAAUAGAAGGCAUAUAAUUCAAAACUGCUGAUGUUAAUGAAACACCCUAGUAGUUGAUUUGAUGAAGGGCUUAAAGGAUAGUAUUUUACUUAAGUAAUUACACAUAAUAUAUUAAGUAGUUAUAUUUUAUUUACUAUUUAUAAAUACAAAUUUAAUAAUAGUUAUGAAAAAAAAAAAGGUACUUGUAAAGAAAUAUGUAAUUUUAAGGCUAUUUUCGCCCUCGAUCAAUUAUAAGAUAACCAACCAACUGUGGUCAGUUGUCAGACAUAAACUCAGUUUAAAAAUCAGAUAAACAACUUUGUGUUGGUGAAAGCGGCCCUUAAAUAAAGCAAAGCUGUAUAGGUUUCAAAUUUAUUAUGACCGGUUUCAGUAAAAAUCCAUCAUCAGGAAAUAAAAUAGCAUAAAUUUAUAAAUUGAGUGAACAAAAUACAAACAUAGUUAAAAGAAUAUCAAACAAAAAUAUUACUAUUUUAUAUUCCUUUGAUUUUUAGUUUUUUUGGUAGUGAUUUUUAGUCAAAUCUGGCCAUAAUAAAUCUAACUAUGUGUCUGAUAAAUUAUAUUGUUGACAGCUUUGUGUUUUCUCAUGUCAAAUCAUGUGAUUACAUGAUAUGAUAAUAUAACCAAAAGAUUUUUUGGUUAUAUUGUUUAUUUAUACAUUUCUCAGAAACUUGUAUUUAUACACAUCACUGUUUUGUGUAUAUUAUAUAUUCAUUAGUAAUUGUGAUAAUCACUUAUUAAUUAGAUUUCACUUUUUGUACCAAUUUAAAGUACAUUAUCUAUUAUGUAGAUACAAAGAACCAAACAUAAUUUCUUGACAAGUAAAAUGUUAUUCCUUAGAUUCUAGUAUUGUUUGUGAUUCUAUUUUAGAUGUAAUUACAUUUUCUAUUACAAUAAAGUCCUGAUAAUUCAAACUUUAUUCAGAUUAUCAAGGUUAAAAAUUAAAAAUCAUAUAUUUAUAUAUAUGUAUUAAAUUCAAUUUUUCAUUGAUUAAAAAAUAUAACAGGUACCAAACUUUUUACAAGAUAUUUAAAAAAAAUUACACAAAAUUAUUAUGACCUAUAUGAAACUGAAUCUUUGAGAAAAAAACACGUUUUAGAUUAUUUCAACCACACUGUAUACAUUACUAAACAAUUUAAUUUAUAGUUUUUACAUAUCAUAUACUAUAAUUGUUUUAUUCUGUAAAAAAAACCAUUUCAUUAUGUUUUAUAAUAUCGUGAUUCUGAAAAUGAAUUUUAAAUUAUUGAAAUAUAUAACAUGAAAAAUUUUAAUUUAUUAAUUUUUGAUUAAACUAAUAAAUGUUUCAGAAAAAAAAACUUAAAUAUAGGUAUAAUAAAAUACAUACAAUGUAUAUUAUAAUUUUAAUGGUGUAAUGUGAAUUUAAAUUAAAAAUUGUUUGAUAAGGAUAAGAACUAAAUUAACAAAAUACUUAUUAAACAUACAUUAAAACAAUGUAAUUAUUCACAGAAGAAAAAAAACAGAUAAUACUAGGUAGUGUAAAUAAAUGAUUUUAAAAUUACAAAUAUUAUGCAAUAUUAUUAAGAGUGUUUUGUACAUGGUUUUUGUUUUUGUUUUUUUUUUUUUAAUCUUAUCGGGUAAUAUCUGUCGUAAUGUUUAUUUGCUCUAUUAACUAUAUUUUUUAUUUGUAUUAAUUACUAAUAAUAUUGAGUAUUAAAAAUAUUAUAAUCCUAUAGCUAAACUUAAUUAGAACUUGAUACAAGUAAAUAAAACCACAUUCAAAUGUUAUACACAGUGGCAUAAACACACGUAAAGUAUCCAGAGGUAAAAUAUUUUUGUACGCCCCCAAUAAUAGAAAAUAGAAAUUAUUCUCUUUUUACCAAAACAUUGUUGUGACAUUUUUGACUAUGUUUUUAUGGUUUCUCUGUUUUUUUUUUGGAAAAGAUGGACCCGACCAUACCUUAUCCCAUUAAAAAUAUUUUAAAUUUAAAUUUAUAAAAAUAUUAAAUAAUGUAUAUAAUAAUUGUUUGGUAUGGUCAUGAAUUAAAUAGGUAUACUAUGUAUAUUUAAUGAUUAUAUCAGCUUUGCCAGUUUAUCACUACAGGUGACACAUGAAUUGCAGUUAAUUAAAUUAGCAUGAACAACUAUUAGACCUGCUUUACGUGCACAUUUAAAUUUUAACCAUAAUUUGAGUCCAUAUCACACAUGUAAGCUCUCAGAAAAAAAUAUAGCCCUAAGACAACUGCCUCGGAUAACCACGUGGUUGUACACAAAUUUUAAAAAUAUUUCUUAGUACAAACUAAUUAUUUAUUGUCAGAGUGUAAUAUAGGUUUCAAAUAUUUUAUAUUUAGUUAUAAACCAGCAUAUUAAUUUAAUGUGAAAACUAUAUUUGAACAGGUGUAACUUGUUGGAAUCCUGCAUUUGAUGUGACCCCUGCUCGACUGAUAACGGGGAUAAUCACUGAAAAGGGAGUUUUCCGACCAUCUGAACUAUCCACGCUCCAGUCACAAAUGCAAGAUCGUAAAAACUCGCUUCCCCAACUAUAAUACAUACUUACCUAAAUGUUAUUUAAUUGCACAAAUUGAAUCGUACAAUUUUUUUUAUGAAAAAAAAAAUAAGGCUAUAUUUUUUUUAUAUUCUAUGUACGCGAAAGCUACAUUCCUAAGCCAACAACAACAAUUAUUAUUUAUGUGUAUAUUUAUUAAUCAUAACAUUAUUGUCUGUUGUGUACUUAAAAUAUUAUAUAUGAAAACAAAAAAUUCCUUGGACGAAGAAAACAUAAGUACAUUGAGAAUAGACCAAUUACUUAUAUAUUUUUAAUUUAGUCAAGUAUAGUUGUGAAUUGUGAUACAAAGUUAUAAUACUAUUUUUGUAAUUUAAAUGAAUUCUUUUUUUAUGGGGUCUAAAUUAUUUUUGUUGUAAGGAAUAUGUACCUAUUUAAUUAUAAAAAGCAUUAUACAAAAAAAGUCAUCUUCAAAAUAUUCUCAUAAUGAGGUUUUGAAAAAAAAAAAAAAUAUAUAUAUAUAAUAUGAUAUACAAAAUUAAUGAACCUAAUCAUUACAUUUUCAUCAUAAAAAAAUAAAAAAUAAAAUUUUGUAUUUUUAUUAAAUUUAUAUUAAUUUUUAAAUAAUCAGUAUUUAUAUUACUGAUCAUUACUGUUCUCAAAAUAAUUAUUUUGAAGUUGAUUAAAACGCAUGUAAAAUUACCUAUUGUUAACUUUACAAGCCUGUGUCCAACAAAAUGUUAUUUUGAAGUUUCUCACUAUAAUAGUAUGUACUUAUGGCAUUUUCAUUAGUCCAUCAUGUUAAGUUAUAUACAUUUUGCCCGAUUAUACAAUACAUUGUGUACAUAAAAAUAAUGUUACGUUCGGGGUAUCUAUUUACCAAACUGAAACUUCUUUGUAAAACUGUAUGUAGCAUAAAGUACCUACAUAAUAAUAUUUUAAGGCGCAUUUAUUAAUAUUAUCAAAUUAUUUUAUUAUAUUUUUGAAUCGAAUUUGUCGGCGGUCUGUUUUGAUAACCCUACUGUUGUUCGCCCGUUUCGCAUUUAAAACAAAGCCCGUGUACCUACCCAACAGGUAUAACGUUAUAAUAUUAUGUGCAUCGAAUUACUAAUUAUAAAAAAAUGUUUACAUAAAACAAAACAAAAUGUAUAAACAAAACAGUACGUGUACAUUAUUGUUAACGAUAACGUCGUGAGUGAAAUAUCCAUAAUGGCUCCGGUCGGUGUGUGUGUGUGUGUGUGUGUGUACGCGACAGAAACGGCCGUGACCUUGACGGCGAAAAUCCGUCCGGGAAGGCUGGGGAAACGGUGAUGGAAAAAAUAAU